CAGUUCUGCCAGUUCUUCCGCAAGUUCAGUUGGCCAAAGCAGUUUAAACGUGAACGUGGUCCGUCGUUAACAUAUUACGUCCUCAGAAAAUGAUUCCAAUUAUCAGUACUCGUUGAGGAAAAGACUGUGUAAAAUCUCUUUAUUAUCAACGGCCAUUUUUUGUUUAAUUAAAAACCAUUAAACUCUUGAUAUGAAGGUCAUAAAUUCUUGGAGGAAGCCAUUACCAGUGGCUCUUGUAUGCGUCCUAAUCGCCCUGGCUAUCUGCAUCUUGGACUGCCAUGGUAUCGAAGUGACAUCACCCACCAAGAAGUCGGCUCCCCUUCGAAUAACCAAACCGCAGCCCACAAGUCCACAGGCCAAGCCCAUCAGCAGUAUAACCACAAGGGCCCCAGCAACAACGGUGGCCCAGACCACCGACGAUGGAACCGAAGGAACCUCCAGCUCCGUGGAUGGCCAGCUGGCCCUGCUCAUCUCAUCCACAACCGAGGGGAGCAGCAGCAGCAGUGGAACCACUGCCACCUUAGUGCCGGAAAUAUGUCUCAACGGUCUGCAGGUGACCGUCAACAGUGCGGAUGAGGGACCUGUGAUACGGAAGCAGGAGGAGUUCGUCAAGAUUCUCGAGGGCGAGGUGAUGCUCAGUGUCCUGACCAAGGAUCCCGACUCCGCCCUGUUCGUAAUCAAUCGAGUGAACCAGGCGAAUCUCAUAAAGGCAGACUUUGAAAUUGGAAUUCGCGCCAUUAGCAUCGACAACGCCAGCUUAGCUGAGAGCUUACUGCUCCAGGAAGUUCAGUAUCUGCAGCAGUGCUUUGUCUACACCCUGGGCAUUUUCCUCGACUGGGAGCUGUACAAACCCCUGGAGUCGGUUAUCAAGGACCUCGAGUACAAUAUCUGGCCAAUACCAGGCACUCGGGCCCACAUCUUUCCCAAGGUGGCGCACUUGCUGCAUCAAAUGCCUUGGGGCGAGAAAAUCGCAUCCGUGGAAAUAGCCACCGAAACUCUGGAGAUGUACAAUGAAUUCAUGGAGGCCGCCCGCCAGGAGCACAUGUGCCUCAUGCACUUCAAAAGUGACGAGAACGUGUACAUAAUGUUUGGCAACAAGCUGGCCAGCCACUUCAAGGAAAAUGGCACUCUGUUUUCCGUACCCACCGAGCGAACGGACGAUGAAUUUCUGGCAGACUUACCCAACAGAGCUUUCGUCCUGAUGGAGAACGAAAUCGACCUGAGCACCGCCACCGAACUGGACGCCUCGCCCUCCUCGCUCGAUGACAUCCUGAUCGGAAAGAGUGUGGUGCCCUCGCGGGUCCUGAGCUUCGCCGGCUCCAUGAUCGACCUGAUGAACUGGCUGCGCGGAUCCCUGUCCAAGCACUGCAAGCGGGAUGCGGAGCCGGACCUGUAUGUCCUGGAGAGUUGCUUCAGCUUCACGAAUUUCAUCGAGGACUGGAGGACCUCGGAGUAUCGGCAGGCCCACAAUACGGCUGAGAUCCUCUCCCGGCUGCUGAUGCGCAAACUGGGCACCGCCAUGAAUUUCCAGAUGUAUCAGAAGAAGGUCCUGACGCUGGACAAGAUCACGGGCGAGUCCCGAACGGAGCUGCGUGAGAUUGCCUCGCAGAACUUUGUGAGCAACGUGACCACGUACUAUCACUACAAUCGGGAUAAUCACACCAGCUUGGAGCUGAAGACCAAGUUCGGUCAGGUGUUCAAUUGCCAGUACAGUGCCGGGGAUAACAGGAGGUAUCCCUUCCUGUUCGAUGGGGAAUCCGUGAUGUUCUGGCGCAUCAAGAUGGACACAUGGGUGGCAACUGGGCUGACGGCUGCCAUUUUGGGCCUGAUUGCCACGCUGGCCAUCCUGGUGUUCAUUGUGGUGCGCAUCUCGCUGGGGGAUGUCUUCGAGGGCAACCCGGCCACCUCGAUAUUGCUGCUCCUAUCCCUCAUCCUGGUCUUCUGCUCCUUUGUGCCCUUCUCGAUUGAGUAUGUCGGCGAGCAGCGCAACUCGCAUGUGACCUUCGAGGAUGCCCAGACAUUGAAUACCCUCUGCGCGGUGAGGGUUUUCAUAAUGACUCUGGUCUACUGUUUUGUGUUCUCGCUACUCCUCUGCCGGGCUGUCAUGUUGGCUUCUAUAGGGUCCGAGGGGGGUUUCCUAUCCCACGUGAAUGGCUAUAUCCAGGCGGUGAUUUGCGCCUUCAGUAUUGUUGCUCAGGUGGGCAUGUCCGUGCAACUUCUGGUCGUGAUGCACGUGGCCUCGGAGACUGUUUCCUGUGAGAACAUCUACUAUGGCCGUUGGUUGUGGGGCCUCUUGGCCUAUGACUUCGUACUCCUCUGCUGUGUGGGCGCCUUGAUACCCUCCGUCUACCGAUCCCAGAGGAAUUACCGCGAGGGCAUAUUGAUUGUUAUAGGAUCGGUUCUCAUAAUGGUGAUUUGGGUUGCCUGGAUAGCUUUGUCCUUGUUCGGUGAUGAGUGGCGAGAUGCAGCUAUACCCUUGGGACUACAGGCCUCUGGUUGGGCUGUAUUAGUGGGUAUCCUGAUACCACGCACCUUCUUGAUUGUAAGGGGCAUUGAGCGGUCGGAUAUUGCCCAGGCUUUGCCCUCGCUCACCUCACUGGCCUUUGCCCAGAACAAUCAGUACUCCUCGGAACAGAGUGUCUACGAGUGCGUGAAUCCCGCCAUGCGGCACUGUUCGCAGGAGGAGAUGAACCACCAGUCGCCAAGUGAGAUUCCCACGUUGCCCUUGCGAGGAGGUGGGCCUCGUCGCCAGCAGUUCUUCGCUAAUCUCCGCCAAGCCAAUGCCAACAUCAAUCCGCAGCGUCCUCCCCCAAGACCCCACCAGAGUCCUUCCCGAUCCUCGGUCUCCUCACUGCCCCCCUCGCCCGAUCACAACAAGAUCACCCGAUUCUAGCCCAGUUCUUAUGAAAUGAGGCACCUCUAGUCAAAGCUCCCAGAACGUGAAUUCAGCUGAAGAAUUGUCCAACAUUUUGAAUCACUGACGAACCAAGAUCCUAUGGAAGUUGAUAUAAUAAAUCGAUACAAGCUAUCAUAAUCAUAAUGUAA